UGCUUCAUAGAUAGUAGUCUGCAGGUUUUCUUUAAGGUGGGCAGGCACUUUCACGACUUUAUAGGAAUCAUUUUGUCAUAUUACAAGGCUUUCGAACCUUGUCCAUUGUUCAACUUUAUAAUUCAUCGCCCAGAGAAUGGAGGAUGAUGUGGGCCACUUGUAUCCUCUAAUGGAUCAAGAUGAUACACUGUUUGAUUAUGAUGCCGGCUUGGAGAGCACAUUACAAGAACUAGCAGUGGACUCAAAAACAAGAGAGGCUGUUUCAGCUCCCAUCUUAGGGUUGGAUGAAAAGGUCACAAUCACCAAGCAGCGACGAUAUACUGUCAAAUUAGAUGAGGGCCGGUUAUUGUCACAAUCCGGAAUACCAAAACUUCGCCUUACAGCAAAGCAGAAAUUGAGGUUCAAAGGCAAAGGGCACGAGUUUUCGGAUGCCGCCCGGCUAUUGAACUUUUAUCAAUUAUGGCUCGAUGAUUUGUUCCCUCGUGCGAAGUUCGCCGAUGGUUUAGCUAUGAUUGAAAAACUCGGACAUUCAAAGCGCUUGCAUACAAUGCGAAGAGAGUGGAUAGAAGAGGAGAAGCCAAAGCUAUCCGCGGCUGGAUCUGAAGAUGUGCUAGAGAAGGCAUUGUCGAGCCAGUGGACCCACGAUGAUGAAUUGCCUAUUGAGCGUCGUCAUGAUGCAGACACGGUCCCAUCCUGGCGAGGUAGCGUGACACAGGCACCCCCAGCACAUAGCCUGGGAUGGCCACCCGCACAUCCAUUAAGGGGCGCUCCAGCCCAGAAAUUGUUUGCAUCGAAUGAAGAAAGUGUCCCGAUGGAAGUGAUUGAAGAAGGCGCUCCUGAUGAUGAUGAUGAUGAUGAUGAUGAUGAUGAUGAUGAUGAACUGGAUGCCCUUCUUCGAGAGCAUGAGGGCGGAAUUAUUGGCAACAAAGGUCUGGCAGGAUCAGAUAUAUCUGCCGGUUUCAAUAUGUCUUUGGGUGACUAAGGUUCUUUAAAAAACUUGGAUGCUUCGGGUGGUGCAGCUACUUAAGCGAUGCUCGGCGAAACUCGAUUUUGAUACACUGCACAGAAUGGUUCUAUAUUAUACUUAAAAAUAGUCAUGAUUUACAAACUGUCAUCAU